AUGUCACCUACCAAUGCCUUUAGAAGAGACACUAUUCAACUUUUAUCCCAUAAAUUGAUCAUUAAUGGAAGGUUAUGCAAAUCUCUGGCUAUUUCAGGACUAGUCCUAUAUGUAAUCUACAAUAUUUUCUUGUUUAUCCUGCAUCCCUGCUGCCUCUCCUCCUCAGCCCUCUUCGACGACAACUCGAGGCACAGACGGUCUCAGUAUGCCAAUACACUUAACUCUGCUACUACUACUAAUAUUAGCCAUCUUGUUUUUGGAAUAGUUGGCUCAACAACUACAUGGAGGAACAAGAAAGGUUACAUUGACGCAUGGUGGCAACCAAACUUAACCAGGGGAUAUCUUUUUUUAGACAGACCGCCUACGGAUGAGUUGCUUCCAUGGCCUUCAUCAUCUCCCCCUUUUCGGGUUUCUGAAGACACCUCCAGGUACAAAGAGUAUGACAAGCACGCGAUGCCAUUUGCCAUUCGAAUGUUACGCGUGAUUCAGGAGACAUUUGAGGCAGAAAACAGAGGAGGAGUGAGAUGGUAUGUCAUGGCAGACGAUGACACACUACUUGUUAUUGAUAAUUUAGUUGACGUUUUGAAAAAGUAUGAUCACACCAAGUACUACUACAUUGGUACCAAUUCGGAAUGUGUUUCGUCGAAUUUUCAUAACUCUUUUGAGAUGGCGUUUGGGGGAGCUGGAUAUGCUUUGAGUUACCCUCUUGCUGAGGCAUUGGCGAAGAAUUUAGAUCUAUGCAUAAAGAGAUACCCAUCUUUGUAUGGGAGUGACCAUAUUUUACAGUCAUGUCUUGCUGAUUUUGGAGUUUCUCUAACUCAGGAAAAGGGGUUCCAUCAGAUUGAUCUACGCCGCAACAUAUUAGGUCUUCUCUCAGCUCAUCCACAUUCUCCUUUCCUCUCCCUCCACCACCUUGAUUUUGUAGACCCCUUAUUCCCCUCCAUGAACCGGCACCAAUCAGUAAACCACCUCAUGGAAGCUGCAAAAGCCGAUGCAUCUAGGUUGCUGCAACAAUCAGUCUGCUACCACAAGCAAAGGAACUGGACAUUGUCCAUAUCAUGGGGCUAUACUGCUCAAAUCUAUGAGAAAAUCUUCCCUCCAAGCAUUCUACAUAGACCUCUCGCGACAUUUGGUCCGUUGAGGAUGGAUGCAAGACCGCCUUACAUGUUCAGCACUCGGUUUCUCGACAUCCACAAUGGUUCUUGUGAAGCUCCCCAUCUUUUCUUCUUUGAUUCAGUGCAGAAAAUCAGAAGAAACCACAUUGUUACAAGAUAUACCCGAAAAUGGCCACGCAGAUUACCAGCUUGUUCAUUAAGUGGCAGUCAUUCUGCUGAUCACAUCUCCAUGAUUCAUGUCCUUUCACCUAUAAUGAAGCAUAACAUUGGGGUAGGGAGUAGAAGAGAAUGCUGUGAUGUAGAACAAGUGGCUGACAUGAAUAUCACUGUCAAGCUUAGGGCUUGCAUGAAAGAUGAAAUAGUGGCCUGAAUUCAAUUUCAUUUACCUACAUACAUGCCUAAAGUUCUAGAGACGUAUUUAUUUUUGUCAAAUUAGAAAAAGUUUUCGAAUAUAUCACUCCCAAUUUGACUAUGAAUAUAUACCCCCACCCCCGGCCUUCUCUCUAUUUUUUGUAAAAUUAGAAAAAUUAAAUGGAUAAAAUUAUUUUUGAUCAGUACUCUCUAAUCCUGCUCCUACAUGGGUUCCAUUGUAAAUGGAGAAAUUCUCUUGAAU